AUGUCGAUGAGGAUGGUGAUGGAGGAAGACGAAGACGCAGAAAUAGAGCACGUGUUCGUUGCUCAUGAAAUCGAUCUCGAUUACGAGUUCGACGCUGCGAGGUUCUUCGAUUUUACUCGACCGGAGACUCUAGCGGAAGCUCACGAAGCUGAACUUUGGUUUCAAAAUGCCACCAGUUACCCUCCUUCGCCUUUUAUGAGAAGGCUAGUGGUGAGAGAGGAUUUGUUCUUGGACGAUGUUAGUGAUUCGCCAAAGUCCGAACAUUUGCAAUGCACGAGAAAUGUUGAUGAUGAAAAAUCUAGUGUCCCGCUAGGAAUGGGAGUUUUGGACACGGCUUUUCAAGAUAAUAUUCCAAAAGCACUUGAUGGAAAUAUCUCUCGAUUGUUGGCUGGAAUUCUGCAAAAUGAUGGUACAAGGCCACUACAAGUACCUACAGGACUUACCUUUGGCAGUAAGACAAUCUACCGCAAUUUGAAUUCUAAGGAUAAGUCAUCUGUGUCAAAGAGUUCAACACUAAUGAAACCUACCACUUGUCAAUUGGCCAAGCAAAAUCGCCCUGCUAAAAAUGUUGGUUCAAGAUUUCAGAAGCUACUUGCACAGAAUGAACAAAAUUUAUCUAUCUCUUCCGGGUUAGAAAGUCAAGCUGCCAAGCGGCAAAAACUAGAGGGCGGUCUCUUGUGUAAGGUUUCAGAUGUGAAGCAGCAAACCAAUUUUUUCCACAAGACUCGAAUGAGGGAUGUCACGGUUGAACAAAACUCUGCAUGUUCCAAGCUGAGGCUUACUAUUCCGAGGGAGCCUGACCUCAGAACAGCACAGAGAGCACAUAGGAUAAGACCUAAAAAUGUCGGAGAGGCAGAGCAUGUAACAGUAGCUGCUCCCAGAUUCAAAGCUCGCCCAUUAAAUAGAAAAAUUCUUGAGGCUCCUUCAUUGCCACCUCCCAAAAGGAGCACUCCACGGUUGCCUGAAUUUCAAGAAUUUCACUUGAAGACUUCGGAGAGGGCAAUCCAACACACGUCUGCUACGUCGUCUUCACUUCACUGUUAUGAUUCUGAUAAGGGUUGGGACAAGCAUGCUACUGUUUCUGCUUUAGAUAAUAGAAUAAAGGAUUUAAGAAGACCUACCGCAGCAGGUGCACCAACGUAUGAUGGAUUGGGUUUUGCACACAUUUUUAAAGCUCAGCCUCUUAAUAAGACGAUAGUUAAAAGUAAAGGAGACGGUGUUUUCCCUAACUGCAAACAGGAAACAACAGUACCAAUGGAAUUUGAUUUACAGGCUGAAAAGGAGGUUCAACAAGAUCCACCAAUUGAACUCUUUAGCAAGUUUCUUGAGUUUACUCUCGAGCCUUGA